AUUGAAAAGAUGCAAAUAUUGAUGGAGGAUCAGACGGAGCCUCAACUACUUAAGGAAGCAGAUAAUCUGAAAAGAAAGCUAGAUGAAGAAAAAAAUAAAUUAAACGACGGAGAAAUUACUUUUAUGUCCGAGCAUUUUGAUUCAAUCCCAUCAUUAAAUAUCAAAGUCCGACGAAUUUUGAAGGGUCAUCAAGGAAAAGUUCUUAGCCUUGCUUGGUCCCUUGAUAAACGCCACGUUGUUAGUUCAUCACAGGAUGGGAAACUUUUUGUAUGGGAUGCAUUUUUAUCGGCUAAAGAGUAUUGCAUAUCAAUGCCCACUACUUGGGUAAUGGCAUGUACAUUUAGUCCUUCAAAUAGCUUUGUUGCUUGUGGUGGCUUGGAUAACAAGUGCACUAUUUAUCCUCUGAUAUCAGAAGAGGAUCCUACUUUAAAAAAGAAACUGGUCGCAACACAUAGUUCCUACCUUUCUUGUUGCUUAUUCAAUCUUUCCGAUCAUCAAUUACUCACUGGAAGUGGUGAUAGUUCUUGUAUCCUCUGGGAUGUUGAAUCGGCUCAGAUGAUUGAGAGUUUCCAUGGCCAUUCUGGAGAUGUGAUGUGCAUUGAUGGUUCUCCAUCUGAAUGUGGAAGAGUCUUUAUUUCAGGGAGUUGCGAUCGCUGUGCCAACGUUUGGGAUAUGCGGAGUGGCCAAUGUGUCCAGGUUUUCCAAGGUCAUGAAUCUGACAUCAACUCAAUCCGAUUUUUCCCAAGUGGUGAUGCUUUCGCUACUGCUUCGGAUGAUGCUACUAUAAGACUCUUUGAUUUGAGAACUGAUCGAGAGCUUUGUGUCUAUAAGAAAGAUAGCGUCAUCUUUGGCUGUAACGCUGUUGAUUUCUCCUUAAGUGGUCGAUUGUUGUUUGGAGGUUACAAUGAUCACUCUCUCAAUAUAUGGGAUGCUCUUAAAGGAAAGCGAAUUUCCAUUCAUUAUGGACAUGAAAAUAGGGUUUCUUCUCUACGCACAUGUCCUGAUGGAAAUGCUAUUUGUACUGGCAGUUGGGACAGCACACUACGAAUUUGGGCUUAA